GCGAUAAGAAGAUUCGAAGAGGGGCAAAUUCUCGCCCGAGCUUAAGUAACUCGGCUUUCCAAACACCACUAAUAUCAAUAUUCAUCUUUUGCAUAUCAGCGCGGUUUACUGCCCGUCUACGGGCUGUCAACUUCCGGGGUAUAACAAAUUGCUGCUUCAGGCUGCGACGUUUAAGAUGAUGGAAUAGCUUAUCGCUUAGCCAGACCUCAGACUCGAAAGACCGCCAGAACUAUAUUCCAAACAUGACAGCUCAGACUAUUCCGCCAAGAGUACUCCUCAUCGGCGCGGGGAGUAUCGGAGCAGUUUACUUGUAUCAAUUGCAGCAAGCAGGAUGUGAAGUCACAGCCGUCUGUCGCUCAAACUAUGCCCAUGUCAAGGAAAACGGCUUCAAACUGUUGAGUGUUCGAUAUGGAAAUGUCACAUACCGUCCCAGCAGAACUAUUCGCAGUCUUUCUGAAUGUGCAGACGAGAUCUUCGAUUUUAUCCUUGUCUGCACCAAGUCCUUUCCGGGCAGCAAGCCUUCCCUACCUGAAAUGCUCGCGACAGUCAUCCGAAACAAGAGCACGGCGAUUGUACUUGCUCAAAAUGGCAUUAUGAUUGAGGAAGAAGUGGCUCAGGCGUUUCCGGAAAAUCCGAUACUCAGUGGAGUCAUAUACCUUCCUGCUGUGCAGACCGAGCCCGGUACGAUUGAGUACCGCGAGACGCUCAACCUUCUUGAGCUCGGCACGUAUCCUGCAGAUGCUCCUGCAGACCACAAAGCAGCCGCUCUCAAUUUUGCAGACUUGAUGGUCAAAGGUGGAGGCAAUGCCAAGGUCCUAGAGGAUAUCCAAGUUGCCAGAUGGUCUAAAUUGUUGUUGAACGCCGCCUGGAACCCAAUCUGUGCAUUGACGCUGUGCUCGGACGGUGACUUCUUGCUCUCAUCUGAAUUUGCAGAGGAGUUGGCCUGGGAAGUCAUGCUGGAAGUCAUCGCCCUAGCAGAUAAGGUCGGUAUCCCAGGGAUCACAGUCGAGGUCGCUGAGAGCAAAUUUAGCAUCGCGAAAAGGAGAGCAAAGGAGGGCACAGGGCGAGAGAUGAGCAUGCUUCAGGACAUUAGACAAGGGAGGAUGUUUGAAGUCGAAGCUAUUAUCGGGAACGCGGUUCGAUUGGGACGGAGACACGGUCUGAAGAUGCCACGGCUCGAGACCUUUUAUGCACUUCUCAAAGGACGAUAUGAGGCCCAACUCAAAGAACUACGGCACGGUUCUGCCUUGAAAUGAAGAAAACUACCAGAGCCGUUCCGAGAAAACUUAUAUAGACUUUCCAUACCCAAAGACAUGGACAACUAAGGUCGCGUCCGUCUGCAAAAUAAUAGAUAGAUGUAUUCAGCGUAUCAACGAUCAAUGGACAUAAUUAGACCUCACAAGAUCCUCGCUGCUGAAGAAUCCAACACUUAACAUGAAUCAACA